CGGCAUCAAAGCAGUUGGGCCUCGAGACCAGUAUUUCCGAAACCUAGCCGCAGCGCCGACAUUCCUGUGUGCCAGAGCACGGCGAAAUUUGGGGAGUGGGGCCCCGCAUGACCUUGCUCCGGGUAUGCAUUGCUUAGUGUUCAGAUUAUUUUUAGGUUGACGCCCGAAACACGGCCCCAAGUGGCCUCGGAAUCUGUGGUCGGUGUUUACGGUGGCUCUCGGGCUGUGGAAGAUGAACGCGUCAACUCGGAGAGGCCUCGGACUCUGGGUGUUGGCUGCAUCAUGAACGCUUACCAGAAACUGGCGAGCUGAUGUUACAUUGUUGCAUCAGACUGCUUAGAAAGCAAAUCCGCAACUUGCUCAGAUAGGGGCGACUCGAUCAGGGUGAAAAUACUUUCCAGGCUACCACCCGCUUGCCAUGCCAGUAGCAGUCGACAAGUGAGGAGUCCCGCCGAGUGCUGGGGGCGUCUGAACCUUAAAAUGCUACGAUUCGGACCGGAACCUGUCCUCGCCAUGUGAGCGAACCAAGGCGUCAUGAUCUGCGGGCCUUCUCUGCCACCUUGCGCGGUGUCAAUUCGGCCAGGGCGCGCUGCCGUGACUGGUAUCCCAAAUCCAGAGUCGAGUGCAGACUUGCCCGGACGGUGCGCUGCGGACCGCUUGGCUCGAGAUAGCGGAAUGGGAUGCCAAAGUAUAAAGAGCGCUCGGCCCUCUCUGGUUCCAGCAGCCCUCGACUCGACUCAACGCGCACGCACGAAAGAUGUUCCCGAUCGCUACCGCCUCCCUCCUCCAGCUUGCUGCUCUCGCGACAGUGGCCCUCGCGGCGCCCAGCAACAUCACGAUGCCCCGCGCCGCGACGUGCAUCGUCAACAGCGUCGCGAGUGCCGCUAACCUGAAGAGCUGCACGAGCGUCGAGAUCCAGGGCUUCACCGUGCCCUCCGGCCAGACGGUGACAAUCGCGGCUGCCAGUGGCGCGAGUGUGUGGAUGACUGGGGAUAUUGUUUUUGCAAAGACGACAUCGCCGGGCCCGCUCAUCACGUUCAACACCCCGAACAUCAACUUCAACGGCGGCGACCGCAACAUCAAUGGCAACGGGGCCGCGUACUGGGACGGGAAGGGCUCAAACGGCGGCGUGGCCAAGCCGCAUCCAUUCGUCAAAUUCAAGGGCUCGGGAACAUUCGGGUUCGUGACCGUACUCAACUCCCCCGCACAGGCCAUCUCCGUCGGGACCACGGGUGUCACGCUCAUACAGCGUGUCGUCGUCGACAACUCCGCCGGCGCCGCCCUGGGCCACAACACGGACGGGUUCGACGUGAGCGCUUCGGACGUGACGAUCGCGCAGUGCACAGUCCUGAACCAGGACGACUGCGUCGCGGUCAACUCCGGCAACGCGAUCACGGUCGAGCAGACGACGUGCACCGGCGGGCACGGCAUCUCCAUCGGCUCGAUCGCGACCGGCAAGUCCGUCACGAACUUCAAGGCCGUCGGGAACACCAUCAGCGGCGGGCUGUACGGCCUGCGCAUCAAGGUCGACGCGAACGCGCAGAACGCGCAGGUGUCCGGUGUGACCUAUGAAGGGAACAUCAUCUCGGGCAUCACCGACUACGGCGUGCUCAUCACGCAGAGCUACCCGGCCAACGACGGCGCCCCCGGCACCGGCGGCCCGAUCUCGAACGUGCAGUUCAUCGGCAGCACGACGACCGUCGCGGUCAACAGCGGCGCGAUGUCCGUCGUCAUCGACUGCGGCGCGUGCUCCGGCAACUGGAACUUUGGCAGCCUCAUGGUCACCUCGGCGGGCAAGGGGCACAGCAUUGCGGCGGACCGCGCGGCGGUAGGUGGUUUUCCUCUCGCGUUGAUUCGGUUGUUGAGUCUCGACUCCCAGAUCACCGGUGGGACGUACUGA